AUGUCUUCUCCCUCCGAUAAAAUCUGGCUAGAGAAGUGCAAGCCCGAGGCGCUUCCCAUUCCGCCCUUUGACCGAUGCGUCUACAUCCUCAAAAAUCAUGUUGUGAAGAAAGCCCUGCAACCUGGUGAGCGUGGAUUCGAUGGCUAUGUCCCUGAUACCGCGACUGUUGCGCAGCGGGAUGUCAAUGAAAUACGUGCAUUGGAGCUUGUUCAGGAAUAUACCACCAUCCCAGUUCCUAAACUUGUUCACGAGGGAGAUAGGCAAAGGCAUAGGUUCAACGUCUUCGAGCGCAUUCUAGGAAUAACAAUCUUCGAGGGAUCAGUAUGGGACAACGUCCCACCCCGGCAACAAGAAGGCAUCAAACUCCAAGUCCAGGAGUACAUCAAGCAGCUGGCCAAGAUUCCCAACGCCCCCGGUAGUGUGCGAUCACUCUCGGACUCGGGGGAGAUCAUCCACAACCAGCUUCCGCAUCGAGGCCCCUUCGAUUCAACCCAGGACUUCCUAAGCGCGUACAAGGACAAUGAUGUACCGUUUGUCCACGAGAUCAACGCGACCUGUCUGCCGGUCUUCUCGCAUAUGGACUGGGAUUUGUCCAAUAUCGUACUUCAUCCGAAUCUCGAUGCGGUAGCGGGUGUGAUUGACUGGGAGAGGGCCGCGUUCUUCCCAGAGGGUGGGAGGGCCAUUCACCGGAUGUGCCAUCAGUGGAGGGGAUGGGAGGCGUUGUUUGACGGUAUCGAGUUCCCCGUUCAGAGUUGUGUAGCAAGAUGA